AUGGAUUUCUCACAUCCGUUCUACGGUGGAGCUCAUCCCUAUCACUUUAUCGGGAUUCCUCCCUUGACCCCGUCUCAUUCCAACUCAGCCGCAUCCGACGAGUUCAACAACCACUCUCCACAUGAUGUUUACGAUGGCUUCCAGAAUAGUGAACAAUUCCAACAAAACUUUGAGCCGUACGCCCAAUUCAAUCAGCAACCUCAGGCCUUCCCCGGCCCUCCCGGCCCGCCGACACCACCGACGCAUCCAAUCCACGGUCAGAGUAGCCAGAACCAAUCUCAAGUGAAUAGCGCUUCGAGUGUGAAGAGUAACCCGGCCGAUAUACUACCUAUGGCUAAGCCGGAUCCCGAUGCAAAUAGACAGACGGGAUCUAAUUCGGAUGACGACGAUCUGACACCUGCCCAAUCCCGCCGGAAGGCGCAAAAUCGGGCCGCUCAACGCGCAUUCCGAGAACGCAAAGAACGACAUGUUAAAGACCUCGAAGCGAAGCUAGCUAGCUUGGAAGCACAACAGCAUCAGACGGCCAGCGAGAACGAAAAGUUGAAACGCGACCUGCAGAAGAUGAGUACUGAGAACGAGAUUCUGCGCGCCACGUCCAACGUCCACGCCCAGAACGGUUCCCUGUCGCCCCCCGCCCCGACGACCACAGGGCCAAUGCAGUACAACCCCACGGACUUCUACUCGGACCUCCUCCAGAACCACACCAACAAGACCCCGAGCCACCGCAUAGUAGAAUCUGGCGGAGAGCGUCUCUUGGCUGCGGGUGCUACGUGGGAUUACAUUAUUAAUCAUGAGUUAUUUAAACAGGGCAGGGUCGAUGUCGGCGAUGUGAGCCUGCGGCUAAAAUCCCAGGCCAAGUGCGACGGACAAGGUCCCGUCUUCGAGGAACGUGUCAUUCUACAAGCUAUAGUGGAAAGCGUCGCGAGUGGUAGCGACGAGCUUUUAUGA